CCCAACUAGCGGAGCUAUGUCCAGACAUGUGGUGGGUGUGCAGCCCAAGAACCGGGUCGAGGAGGCCGGGGAGUGGAGCACUGGCCUGUGCGAGUGCUACAAAGACCUUGGAGACUGCUGCUUUGCCUGCUGCUGCCUCCCGCUGUUUGCCUGUAAGGUCACCGGUGCAGUGGGUGCCUGUCCCUGCCUGCCUCUGCUGGACUGUAUCAGCUGCGUGCCUCCGGCCUCUCUGGCCAUGAGGGCUUCUGUCAGGGAACGAUACGGCAUAAAGGGAAGCGUGUGGAGCGACUGCCUGUACGGAUGCUGCUGCUAUACGCUAUCUUGGCUUCAGAUCUCCAGGGAGCUGAAAAGAAGAGCAGCAUCCCACGCCGCCUCCUCCUCGUCUUCCUCCUCCACAGCCAGAUACAGUGCUCUGACCUCCCUGCAGGGGGAGCACUUGGUCUAGACACAUGUGGGACCUCUUCUUUCCCUGGUGCCAACCAGCAGGAGAAGAUUUAAUCACUCUUCCUGAGGCCUGGAGCUGCUCCCUGAUUAACUCCAAAGGGACAUAAUGAGUCCUAGAGGCAAAUGUCUAUUUUCUUUUUUCAAAAGCAGAAUAUAAAUCGUAUGCAUUUUAUUUAAAUAAUUUAUGUUUUUCCUUAUAUUUUUUAGAUAUAUGUAUAGUUUGAAAAAAUCAGUUUUCUUUGUCAGAUUGACAAAGAAAAGUUAUACAAUAUUACAUGUGAAUAUGUUGCAUAACUAGGCUCCAAAAUAAAUGUGUAGGAGUAGUUUUCCUCCUUGUUGCAGUUUAUUUUUUUAUUUUGACUUCAUUGCUUGCCAGACUUUAACAUUUUUUCAUGAGUGUUCGUCGAUUUGUUCUUUGGGUCAUUGUUCUGCUCCAGAAAACACAAACCUUACUAUAUGGCUGCUGUUCUUUUUUUUUGUGUGUGUGUGUGUUUUUUUAAGCAACAUUGUGCUUAAAAAUAUUAAAUUUUCAUUGUGCUUAUUUUGUGCCCAGAUUUCAGUUUGCAAGGUGGCUCGAAACUUCAAGAGCAAACCCAGGAUAGACCAAAUGUGCAUGAAAAAAGUGGCAGAACGGAGCAGAGUGUCAGUCGGUGUUUGUGUUGGCAACAUGUAACGCAGUGAUAGAGCUUGAAUUAUAUGAUAUCACCCUAGUUUGUUGUAAAACAGGACAUAAACAGGGUGGCAUUGCCGGAAAACUUACAACUGGACUUUGGUGAACAGCAAUAAAAUAAUGUGGAUCAUAUUUAAUGGGAACAGAGCUUUGGCUCAAUUCCA